AUUUACUCUAUGUGACCUUAGGGUUUUUGAGAAUUGACAAACGACACUAGCGCCAGAUGGCAGCACACUUCAGACGAAGAAACACACAACAACAUCCUUUCAGUCACCCAUCAUAAUCACGUCUUUCCAAAAUGGGACGUGUAAUUCGUGCACAACGUAAAGGUGCGGGAUCCGUAUUCAAGUCCCACACCAAGAGGAGGAAGGGAGCACCGAAACUACGCUCCCUUGACUAUGCUGAGCGUCAUGGUUUUAUUAAGGGAGUUGUGAAAGAUAUCGUCCACGACCCGGGUCGUGGUGCUCCACUCGCCGUUGUCCACUUCAGGGACACAUAUAAAUUCCAGACCAGAAAGGAAUUGUUUAUUGCCCCUGAGGGCAUGUACACUGGCCAGUUCUUGUAUUGUGGAAAGAAGGCCAACCUUCAAAUUGGCAAUGUUUUACCUGUUGGUACAAUGCCUGAGGGUACGAUUGUGUGCAACUUGGAGGAGAAGACCGGCGAUCGUGGCCGAUUGGCUCGUGCAUCUGGAAACUAUGCCACGGUUAUUGCUCACAACCCUGACGCCAAGAAGACUCGCGUGAAGCUGCCUUCAGGUGCUAAGAAAGUUAUUCCAUCAAACAACAGAGCCAUGGUUGGUAUCGUUGCUGGUGGCGGUCGUAUCGACAAGCCUAUCUUGAAGGCCGGUCGCGCGUAUCACAAAUACAAGGCGAAGCGUAACUGCUGGCCGAAGGUGCGUGGUGUUGCUAUGAACCCUGUCGAGCAUCCCCAUGGUGGUGGUAACCAUCAACAUAUCGGUAAAGCUUCGACCGUCAAGCGAGGCACCUCCGCUGGUCGCAAGGUUGGUCUCAUUGCUGCCAGGAGGACCGGUCGUAUUCGUGGUGGUAAGGUCACGAACAACAAGGACGAUUAGACAUAAACUGAAAAUAAGAAUAAAGUUAACUUUAUUACAA